CUAUGCAAUGGGGGAAUCAUUCCAGAACUGGACAGCAAAGAAUCAGUGCUCAGAUUAAGACACAAGACCACCUGGACGGCAUUCCUCAAGGUGCUAGACUUCUCUGUAACAUUCAAAGAUAGAACCUACACCCUAAUAGCGCAAUAUGUACCGGUCAACAUCCUCAUCGAACAACCAGGUAUCUUCUGCUUGGUAGAAAACAAGAACCGCCUCAAGAACAACUCACUCGCCUCCAUGAGAUGGAUCAAACCCCCACACAAGCAAUCCCCCACCCAAAUGAUGGUAUUUGCACUACUCUAG